UUAGUUUAAUCUUCCUGGAGACAAUCAUCAUUACCUUUGAAUUACUGUAUAUAAGAGUACAGUUUAUAGUUUGUUUGGUAAAACAUUUCUUUUUUAACUUUCUUUUGUGCCUAAAACCCAUGCAGUAUUAAUUAUUUUUUCCAUUUGUCCAAAGGACCAGUUUCCUAUUCAAGCUUUGUUUUUGUUUUAUUGGAAGGAUUAUGUUUCUGUAACUAAAUAUGUGUAUUUCUACAUCAAAAGUACUGCUUUCUAGUUCUGUUAUGGUAAUGACACUAUAAGUGUUUCCAAUAUUAGUAUUAAUGGACAUAUAUUUCUCACAAUGCUAUUUUUUAUUCUAUUGAGAAAGAAUUUUUCUGAUACUAGAUAGAAUGUGACUAGGAAUGGAGGAGAGCGAGAGAGAGAGAGGGCUGGAGAGUGAGUGAGAGCAAGGGAGGAGAGCGAGCGGUUCUAUGUGCGAGCGAUGGUGCGAAAAAUAUCGGCGGCUUGGAGCCUUGGAACAGCCGGUGGAAGAGCAAUUUUGAGGUAGAGUCGAAGACCUUCGAGAUCGAGGCAGAAGAGAAGAAGGGCAAAAUGCAAGUCAUUAUUGUGGAAAGGAAAAGAGGGGUGUCCUCGUGGAUUAAGAUGGGUCCGGAUAGUCUAGGGUUUUUUAUGGAAGGUUUGGCUUUGUGCAUUAAGGACACACGAGUAGGCAAAUGGGUAAGAAAUUGGAGGGAAAGAGGGAGGACCUACUCACCGUUGCGGGAUGAAAAUGAGGGGGGAUGCUUCAUCCGUCUAGGUGUCGAGGAUCUGGAGAAGAAAAGGUUCAACAUCUUUAUCCCCAAAGGAAAAUGAGGGAAAGGGGGCUGGGUUGCUAUGGUGGAGACGCUUAGGGCUUUGGGUGUUGCUAUGGAGAGGAAGGAGAGUCAGAAGGAGAAGGCGAUGUCGUUGGUGCCCAGUUUGGGAAAAAGUUUUGCAGAAGUGGUGAAGAUGCAAAAUUGCAAUAGCAGGUCAGUGGCUAGGGUGGAAGUAAGCCACAAGGACCUUAGUCGAAACUUAAAGAGGUUGGAUCAUUGCCUUGUUGGCUCGUGGGAUCCAAAGUCAGUGAAGGGGGAUGACCUGAGAAGUUGGGGGAACCAAAUGGCAUGAUCCUGGGGAUUGAAUGGCAAUUUAGGUUUGGCUAAGUUGGAAAGGGGAAAGGUGCUAAUGGAGUUUGAGAUGGUAGUUGAAGUCGAAAAAGCACUAAAUCUGGGAGGAAUUUUGGUAAGGAAGACAUUUCUGCGACUGGAGAAAUGAAGCCCUAGGACAGGGUGUCUGUUGGAAAGAGAGAAGAAAAAUGAGGCUUGGGUGAGAAUCGUGGGGUUACCCAUUUCUUUAUGGGAUCGGGACACCCUUAGAAAGGUGGGGGAGAAGUGUAGGGGUUUUUUAGCGAUUGAUUCUCAGACAGAGAGGCUGGAAGAGCUGCAGUGGGCAAGGAUCCUGGUGAAGCUAACUGGCGAGGAGAUCCCUAGCAUGAUAGAAAUUGGGGUCAAAGGGGUGUGCUAUUCGCUAAUCCUGUGGUGGGAGGUAAGGCCGGUAAUGAGAGUGUUGCCGGCAGAGAGAAGGGGGGAGAACAACAGAGGAGAAGAAGAGGUUGAGGGUGACGCCUCUACACGCGCGGGCAAGCGCGUGAUGGAAAAGGUGGACGAUGCAAGGAUCGAGACUCACUUGCAGUCUGCUGAUGGGAUGAGGGGGCAAACAGGUGGGUCGGGGCUCCUUGGGGCUCGAUUUUGAGGCCCAUUUGGGUCGUUAGUGGGGAACCAGGAAGGCUGCAAGGGGAGUCCAUUAUGCUUGGCCCUACUGAGGCUUUUCGAAGCUCCGAGUUGGGCGUUGGGCCCGGUGGGCUUGAUCCAGUCUCUUCUUCUAAGGCUAGGCUGUAUCCUUUGGGGGCUUCGUCUUUAGAGGGCUCUAGGAGGCUAAAGGCCGUGGAGACCAUUGGGGCGCCUGGGCCGGCUGGGAGGGACGACUGUCGAGGCCCACCCCAAUCUUUGGUGGGCUGCUCUGGGAUGGCUUUGCCUCUAGUGUGGGCUGGCCCAAAUCAUCUGAGGGAUCCAGACGCUGAAGGCUUUCCUUUCUGGGAAAAAGAUGGCCGGUGGAAGCAAGUUGAGGAGGAGCUCUAUUCCAUGGAGAAGUCAAGGACCUACAACGCCCUAAUUGAGGAAGCGUCGAGGUACGGGUGUGCUCCUAUCCCUAGUGGCUUGUUGACGUUUGGGUCCUUACCUUCUCCUUCUUUCUUUUUCGGUCGGACUCCAUUGGGGGAGUAUUGCGACCUUUCUGGGGAUGACAGGGUGACUCACCUGAGGGAAAUCCCUUUACGCAUGCUUCUCACCCCGGGACCCCUAGAAGAAGAGAAUGCAAGCCGUUGGGAAUUGAUGGAGGUUUUUAAUGGCUGCAAGGACAACUGUGGAAAGGAGCUCUAUUCCAUGGAGAAGUCAAGGACCUACAACGCCCUAAUUGAGGAAGCGUCGAGGUACGAGUGUGCUCCUAUCCCUAGUGGCUUGUUGACGUCUGGGUCCUCACCUUCUCCUUCUUUCUUUUUCGGUCGGACUCCAUUGGGGGAGUAUUGCGACCUUUCUGGGGAUGACAGGGUGACUCACCUGAGGGAAAUCCCUUUACGCAUGCUUCUCACCCCGGGACCCCUAGAAGAGGAUAAUGCAAGCCGCUGGGAAUUGAUGGAGGUUUUUAAUGGCUGCAAGGACAACUGUGGAAAGGAGUUGUGUUUAGUUCAUUCUAUGCCACGUGAAAGAAAGGGAUGGGAGGAGGAAAGUUGGGAGGAGAGUGAGUUGGCCAAAUUUAGAAAGUUUUUGGAGUUUUCGAUAGAAGGUCUGGAGAAAGAAAUUUUGGAUUUUUUGGUUAAAAUCCGAAAGAGAAAGGAAAGAGUCCACAACAAAAACCUUUUAGAAAAAUCUAAGUUUGAAAGGGAAUUGAAAAGACUAGAAUGCUCAAUUAAUUACGAGGGGAGAAAGAAAUAGAAGUGUGGAAUGCAAGUAAGAGGUUGUUAGAUUAUGGUGGUUAAAUGAAGAUAAGACUCUUGAGUUGGAAUGUUUGGGGAGCUAACGACAGUUCAAAAAGAAAGGUGAUUAAGGCCAUGAUCAGGAGUCAAAAAGUGGAUUUGUUUUGUCUCCAGGAGACCAAAAUUCAGGCAAUGACAAAGGGGCUGGUGAGAAGCUUAGGCAUUGGAAGAUUUCUUGAUUGGGGUACCCUAGAUGCCCAUGGGUCUGCGGGAGGGUUACUGAUCUACUGGAAUAAGAGAACCUUGGAAGUGGGAAAUUUCUCAAUCUCUUGUAGGCUGAGGAACGUGGAAAAUGGGCUAGUUUGGAUGUUCACUGGUGUGUAUGGGCCUUUCUCUAGAGAGGAAAGGGAGUGGAUGUGGGAGGAGAUAGGAACAAUUAGAGGCAUUUGGGAUGAUCCCUGGUGUCUAGGGGGUGACUUCAAUGUCAUCCUUUCCUUGAGGGAAAGAAGUAAUCAAGGAAGGCUAACGAGUGCAAUGAGAAGGUUUGCUCAGGUUGUUGAUGAGUUAGAGCUCAUUGACCUCCAUUGCAAGGGGGCGUGCUUACAUGGAGUGGGGGGAGGAAUAAUCAGGCUUGAGCCAAAUUGGAUAGGUUCCUGGUGACCCAGAGUUGGCUUGAUCAUUUCAAUGAGGUCGUGCAAAGUAGGUUGCCCAGACUUACCUCAAAUCAUUUUCCUAUCUUGUCGAUGGGGGGGGUUAAGGAGGGGUCCUUCCCCAUUUAGGUUUGAAAAUAUGUGGCUUAAAGCUGAUGGUUUUACGAACCUUCUUCGGGGCUGGUGGCAGGGGGGUGAGGUGAGAUGGAGGGCCAGUGUCAGGUUAGUCACUAAAAUGAAGGUGCUGAAACAAAAAAUUAAAGUGUGGAACAGGGAGGUGUUUGGUAGGCUGGAAGCCAAUAAGAACUCAGUCCUUCAACAAGUGGAGUUUUGGGACGGGGUGGAAAAAGAGAGGAGCCUGUCUGAAGGAGAAACUAAGCUGAAAAAAGAAGCCAAGGACUCCUUUAAAAAAUGGGUCUCAAUGGAAGAAACCCACUGGAGACAAUUGUCAAGGGAAUUGUGGCUUAAGGAGGGGGAUAGAAACACUGGCUUUUUCCAUAGGAUGGCAAAUGCUCACUGAAUGAAUAAUUCUCUGGAUAAAAUUAAAAUUAAUGGAGUAUGGAUGAUUGAGGACCAGGAGGUGAGAGAGGGGAUAGUGAAUGCUUUUCAGCAGUUACUAUCAGAAGAACCGGGCUGGAGAACGGAUAUUGAGGGGCUGCACCUUAAACACUUCAAUUCCCGUGAAGCUGAAGUCUUGGAGAUGCCGUUUACUGAAGAGGAAAUUUACGCCGCCCUAAUGGAUAUGAAUGGUGAUAAAGCUCCAGGCCCAGAUGGCUUCACAGUUGCUUUUUGGCAAUCAAGCUGGGAGCUUGUGAAGGAGGAGAUUAUGGACCUGUUUAGAGAAUUCUAUGACCAGAGAUCCUUUUCCAAAAGCCUCAAUCCUUUUCCCUAAGAAAGGAGGGGCUGAAGACCUGGGUGAUUUCCGGCCAAUCAGUUUGUUAGGGAGUUUGUAUAAGCUUAUGGCUAAGGUGUUGGCGAAUAGGCUGAAGAAGGUGUUAGACGAGGUGGUUUCUGGGGAUCAAAAUGCCUUUGUGAGGGGCAAAUAGAUUUUGGAUGCGUCACUUAUUGCCAAUGAGGUAAUUGAUUUCUGGCACAAAAGGAACGAGAAAGGGCCGAUAUGCAAAUUGGACAUUGAAAAAGCCUAUGACAGCAUUAAUUGGAAUUUUCUCAUGAAAGUUCUGUUUAAAAUGGGCUUUGGGUCGCGGUGGAUGGAGUGGAUUUGGUGGUGCAUCUCAAUCGCCAAAUUUUUAGUCAUGAUCAAUGGGGUGCUGGCUGGCUUCUUCUCGAAUUCCAAGGGGCUAAGGCAAGGAGAUCCUCUCUCCCCCCGUAUCUCUUUGUGUUAGGCAUGGAAGUGCUUAGCAAUCUGAUAAGAAGGGCGGUUGAUGGGGGCUUCUUGUCAGGAUGCAGAAUUCUGGGGAGAGUGGAAGAGGAGAUGAUAGUUUCACAUCUUCUUUUUGCUGAUGAUACAAUCAUCUUUUGUGAAGCUAGGAAAGAGCAACUUUCUGCCAUAAGCUAGAUUUUGGCUUGGUUUGAGGCGUCUUCCGGUCUCAGAAUUAAUCUAGAUAAAAGCGUCUUAAUUCCGGUUGGUGAGGUGGAAGAAAUUGAGGAAAUGGCUAUGGAGCUUGGGAGCAAAGUGGGAUUGCUGCCCACUGUUUACUUGGGGCUGCCCCUUGAAGCCUACCACAAAGCUAUCUCUAUUUGGGAUGGGGUGGAAGAGAGAAUGAGGAGAAGAUUAGCCCAGUAGAAAAGACAAUAUAUUUCGAAGGGAGGGCGUAUCACCUUAAUCGAGAGCACUCUGGCCAGCAUGCCUAUUUACAAUAUGUCCCUCUUUCGAAUGCCUAAGAGUGUUGCAAAUAGACUCGAAAAAUUACAAAGAGAUUUUCUUUGGGGAGGGGGAAGCUUAGAGAGGAAAGUCCAUUUAAUUAAAUGGGAGGUGGUGUGCACUCAAAAGGAGAAGGGUGACCUUGGCAUUCGGAAGAUUGAUCCCUUGAACAAAGCGUUGUUGGGUAAAUGGUUAUGGAGAUUUGUCGUUGAAAAGGAUAAUCUUUGGAAGAUGGUGAUUGGGGUGAAAUAUGGUCAGGAAGAUUUUGGAUGGAGAACUAAAAAAGCCCGUGGAACUUGUGGAGUGGGGGUUUGGAAGGAGAUUUUGAAGGAAGCUAAGUGGUGCUGGGAUAACAUAAAGUUUAAGGUGGGGAAGGGGACUAGAGUUAAAUUCUGGACUGACCAGUGGUGUGGCAAUGCGACGUUGUCCCAAUCUUUCCCCCAGCUUUUUGAGUUGGCGGUUCACAGGAAUGCAACAGUUAAUGAGAUGUGGGACCCAAACAUUGGUCAAGGAGGUUGGAAUCUUAGAUUUCAUAGAGAUUUUAAUGAUUGGGAACUGGAUUUGAUUAGAGGAUUGCUUAAUAUGCUCAGGGACUUUAGGAUAUCUUCCGAGGAGGAUGUUGUGCUAUGGAAAGGUGGGAGUCAUGGCAAAUAUGGGGUUAAGGUUGCCUACAACGUGCUGGCUGUUACCAAUGCAUGCGCCUUUCCAACUAAAUGCGUUUGGGUGGACAAGGUCCCAACCAAAGCGGCCUUUUUUGCUUGGAAAGCCGCGUGGGGGAAGAUUCUCACCUUGGAUAGGCUUCAAAAAAGGGGUUGGCAGCUCCCUAACCGCUGUUUUUUGUGUGGUUGUGAAGAGGAAAAUCUAAAUCACAUUUUUUUACAUUGUAUAGUGGUAAGGGCCCUUUGGGAAAUCAUCCUUGCCCUUGUUGGGGUUAAGUGGGUGUUCCCAGAGCUAGUUAAAGAGGCGUUAUUCAGUUGGAGGGGCUCUUUUGUGGGGAAAAAAAGGAAAAAAAUUUGGAAGUCCAUCCCGUUGUGUAUUUUUGGAC